AUGGCCGAAGAAAAGAAAUCCGACCCCUCCACGGGAAUUGCCCACCUGUUGGCUCGCAAGAACAUUUUGGAACUGAGUCCUUACCGAUGCGCCCGUGACGAUUACUCCGAGGGCGUCCUGUUGGAUGCCAACGAAAAUGCCUAUGGACCGACCAGUUUGCCCACCAAUUCCUUGGAUCCCUACGACAAUCACAACACGUUGGAACGAUAUCCAGAUCCCUACCAGACACCCAUGAAGGAACUAUUUUGCAAAUACCGUGGCUGUGGCAUCACACCGGCCCAUGUGUUUGUGGGCGUGGGAUCCGAUGAGGCCAUUGAUCUGCUCAUGCGCAUCUUUUGUCAACCCGCUCAAGAUAAAAUCUUGACGACUCCACCGACCUAUGGCAUGUACAAGGUCUGUGCCAAGGUGAAUGAUGUGGGAAUUAUCACAGUACCUUUGGAGAAGGACUUUAGUUUGAGGGUACCAGAGAUGCUGGCAGCCGUGACACCAGAAGUCAAGCUCCUCUUUAUUUGCAGUCCAGGAAAUCCCACGGCCAAAGCUAUUCCACUCUCGGUCAUUGAAGCAGUGGCCAAGUCUCAAUACAAGGGAUUGGUUGUCGUCGAUGAAGCUUAUGUUGAUUUUUCCACCGAAGGUUCUGCCAUUUCUCUGGUCAAUCAGUAUCCCAACAUUGUUGUAUUGCAAACCCUCAGCAAAGCCUUUGGACUGGCCGGGAUUCGAUGUGGGUUCUGUAUUGGGGGGCCGGAUGUCAUUCAACUCAUGAACAAUGUCAAGGCACCCUACAAUGUCAAUGCAUUGACCAGUGAAGUCGCCAUCAAUGCACUCCAAAAAACCAAUGUCUUGCAAGACAAUAUUGCCAAGGUGCUGGCCCAACGAAAGGUGGUGAUGGAAAAACUCAACAAUUUGGAUUUUGUCACGGAGGUGUUUCCCUCCGAUAGCAACUUUGUCUUGUUCCGCAUGAAAGAAAAGGCAUUGGAAUGCUACAAACAAAUGGCCGAUGGCGGUGUCGUUACUCGAUAUCGUGGAACCGAAAUUCACUGCGAGAAUUGUAUCCGAGUGACGAUUGGAACCGAAGAAGAGAACAACAAGUUCCUGGCGUUGUUGGAAACCACGUUCAAGGCAUUGCAGGGAUGA